UUGUCGUCGUCGUCUGUUCGGCAUUAUUGUGAAGAAUCUAUCUUCUCAUCGAGUUACGUCGCAUGUGAAACACAGUUUGGCAAACAGUAUCGUGGAAAACAGUAUCGGUCGUAGUUCGCGAGCGCUUGCUUGUCUAACCCAUACACAUUUACACCUAUUCGAGAAGAUUAUUAGCAGAGCGCUGUGUUCUUUGCCACAGCGACGACAAGUGCUGUGUAGUUGUAGUCUUUAGUAUCUUUGAAGUAGAUCACAACAACAACAACAAUAAUUUUAACACCAACAACAAUUAAUCAAAUUACAAAAUUGAAACGCCUUAUAUAGAAAAGUAAAAGGAGAAUUGCUAAGCAAGCUUAAAGCGAAAAAAACACCAACAUCAACAUCAACACCAACAAUCCAAAGAAUCAAGUCAACUAAUAAAUCCCUUCAAGAAAAGUGCUACAUCCAAUCACAUUUGCCAUAGUGAAUUCGCGUUGGAACGAACAUCUGUGGAAAAGUCUAAAAAUACCGAUUCGAUAACUUGUAAAUCAUUUGGGCAACUCUUAUCUCUUUCUCUCUCUCCACCACCUUUUAACGCAUUUGGCAUUAUUUUGGAGUUUAUUCUUUUUUGCAAACAAAGUCUUGCAAGUGCAACGCGUGUUCAUUUUGUCUCGCUAGAAAACUAAAAAAUAACUGCUAAAAUAUUCAGCAGCCAAACAAUAAUAAUAAAAAAUAAAAUAAAAUAAUAAUUUAUGAAUAGUGGCAACAGUUAGUGCGGUCUUAAAUUGUCGACUGGCUGGCAACAAUAAAAAAAAAAACAGAAAAUAAGCGUAAAUUAAGAAGAAAAAAAAAACAACAACAAACCAAUAAAAAAAUUUAAACUGAAACCCAGUUUUUUUUAAUUAAAUUAAGAUCGUGUAAACAAACAGCAUAACAACAACAACAAUAACGUGAAAACGCCUUUGCUUUUGCCUUCUUGUAUGUGCUGCUCUCUAUCGCGCUCUCACUCUUUCACUCUCUCUUUCUUUAUGCAGAAAUCACCAAAGUCUACCAUCGAUUGUUAGAGAAAAACAAAGUCGUAGAUUCUUUGUUUGCAUCGUAAGUUAAACGUAUGUCGGUCGCUAUAUAGAAUCGUACAAAGUGUAUUAACCCUUAGCAGAGUAGUUCUAGUGAUCAAGUGUUGCCUUUUUGUACAAGCGCAAAUUUAAAUAAAAUUUAAAAAAAAAAAAAAUUUUAAUAAAUCAAUUACUAGUGAUAAUUUUUGUAAGAAUAUCAAAGUGAUAAAGAGCGUAGUCAACCAUCAUCAAGGUUUUAAAUAAUUACAGACAGUUAUACGCACACACACACACCCACACAAACUCAUUCUUCUUAUUUGGUUAUCGCUUAAGCCGAGUUUUGCCUGAACAUCACACAUCAUUCUCAUCACCAUGGACAUGAAAAUGGAUCAGCAACAAUCCUCAACUGUUCAACAGGAAUUGGCAUCGCCAUCCGAGGUGCCAAAUGACCCAGGGAAAAUGUUCAUCGGUGGCCUUAGUUGGCAAACAAGUCCAGAGAGUUUAAAAGACUACUUUAGCCGCUUCGGUGCAAUAUCGGAAGCCAUGGUUAUGAAAGAUCCUGCGACGCGAAGGUCAAGAGGUUUCGGCUUCAUAACGUUCAGCGAUCCAGCGAGUGUAGAUAAAGUUUUAGCUCAAGGUACACACGAAAUAGAUGGUAAAAAGGUCGAUCCAAAAGUAGCAUUUCCCCGAAGAACACAUCCUAAAAUGGUGACGAGAACGAAGAAAAUAUUUGUGGGUGGCCUAUCGGCGCCCACAACACUGGAGGAUGUCAAAAGCUAUUUUGAACAAUUUGGUCCGAUAGAAGAUGCCAUGCUUAUGUUCGAUAAGCAAACAAAUCGACACAGAGGUUUUGGCUUCGUUACAUUUCAAAGUGAAGAUGUGGUAGACAAAGUUUGUGAAAUCCAUUUCCAUGAGAUAAAUAACAAAAUGGUCGAAUGCAAGAAAGCCCAACCGAAGGAAGUCAUGUUACCGGCCAAUUUGGCCAAAACUCGUGCUGCUGGCCGUUCCGCUUACGACAACAUAAUGUGGGGCCUGGGGACAUUACCUGAAGGUUUCCCGGCGGCUGCAUAUGCUGCCUAUGCAGCUGGUCGUGGCUAUUCGGGUUAUCCUAGUUUUGGUUUACCCUAUCCUACUGUGGAUUUGAGUAAUGGUCAGCUAACGCCAAAUAACAAUACACCGUUGCUUACUCAAGCAUUAUCGGUAAUGAACAAUUAUCAGGCCGCUGCUGCAGCUGCUCAUAGUUUUGCCGCUCCUUCGGCCUCACCACACACCACUACAACGCGACAGGGAUUUCCCUCCACCAAUUCACCGGUGCCCGCCAUUGAUAUGUACAGUUCAACGGCCGCCGACAAUGUGGGCUAUGUACAGGCCACCAGUCCUCAGCCAUCAGGGUUCCCAAUUGCAGUGAGUCGAGCUCCCCUCAACUAUAGUCCGAUCUAUUCGUUGAACUUUGCGAUGGCUAAUAUAUAAGACUGAAAUCCUAAAGCAGUUGCACAAGGGACCACUAAUUCCUGCGGCAUUUACAAAUGGUUACCAUUAAGUGGAGGCAUCGACCGCAACAAAUAAAAAAAAAAAUAAAUAAAACAUUUAAUUCUGUUAAGCAGCAACAGCGACAAAGCCGAAGCAGCAGCAGCAACAACAACAACAACAACAUCGACAGCAGCAGCAGCAACAACAACAACAAUACACAAGGCAAAUAAGAACAUCAGUUACAAAAUGUUGCAAAAAAAAAUUUUUCAAAAAAAAAAAACAGAUGAAAAACCAAACCAAUUACACCAAAUACAUAUUUACAUCAACUCUUACUAUAUAUAUAUAUAUAUAUAUAUAUAUGAAGGAAAAAAUAUAUACAUAAUUAUAUAUAUAUACAAAAAUCUAUAUACUAAAUAUAUAUGAAAACUACAAAAAAAAUAACAAAAAAAAUAUUUGCAUUAUAUACAAAAACCAAAAAACCACAGAUGACCCCAAAAAUCCACCUCCUCCUCGUCCUCAACUCAACCAUGGAAUGAAAAUGCAAAAAUUAAAAACAACAACAACUAUAACUACAACAACAGUGGCAGAAACACACAAAAAACAAGUCCUCCAGCAAGGCGUUCCAUUGAAUAUUG